GUUGGACCCAAAAGGAAUGGAAAAUCGGAAGGUGGAAAGAAUCUAGAAAAUGUGAAAGAAAUACCCUCCAUAUCUUUCACUUCCUGGAAACCCAUAAGUAUUUUUAUAUUUUUAAAUGAAAAAGACACGAUAGAAGUAGAAUCAAAGCCAUUGGUGAAGGCAGGAGUACAUAGAAUAAGAUAGAGAGAUCACAUGUUGACAAAAUUGAAGUCAGUGUUCUUUUGGGCUCAUGAAAUUGUCUAGAGAGAGAGAGAGAGAGAGAAGGGGGAAGAGAUCUUAUCUGAGAUGUGGGAUAUCACCCAUGUCUGCUGAUCAGGGCCCAUGUGAUUGGAAAUUGUGGUAUGUUAAAUGUAUUUCCAUUUUUGUGAUUUUGUAAGGUUGUUUCAAUGGGGAGUACAGAGACACCCAUUUCUUGGGGUGUGUUUUUAUUCUUAAAGUGGGAGCUCAAGACCCUGAAUUUUUGUGGGUGUUUCUCUGAAUUUUAUUUGCUGUUGUCAGUUUCUGGAAUAUGUUGAAGUGAUAUCAGUAGAGAUUGAACUUUUUAUAGGAGGAAUGGGGACUGGAAUAGACUAAGACGUACUUUCCAGGGUCUUAUUCCUCAAUGGAUCUAAAUGAAGGUGCCGGUAGUGGUAUCUGGAUGCUGUAUCAUGAACCCAAGACCUUGACAAAUGACCAAUCUUAUAACCUAUUUGUGACGAGGCCAACCCUGGACGGAUAUUGGGGUUGUGAUAAGGAACACCUGAGGCAAACAAUCUUGAAGCAUGAGUCACUAUUCAGAUAUCAGCUUGAGGAACUUCACCGCCUUUAUAAAAGACAGCGGGACCUGGUGAACGAAAUUAAAAGGAGAGAACUACAGCAACAUCUAAUAGAAGUGGAAAUAUCACAGUCGACUCUCUUUUUGUCUCACUCGGAUUGUGGAGAUGUCAGGAAGACACGUCAUGUAUCUGAUUUGCCUCUCAUGGAUCCAACUUUUGGAAGACCUACAACAUCGGGAGCCAACAGUACCCGGUCUCCUCUUAGUUUUAUGAGAGGAAAGAAUGUGUUUGGUCCUUUUCCAUCCCAAGACAGAGUAGAGUCGAAGGAUAAUGAAUUCUGUGAGUCCAAGUGCCAUAUGCUUCAGAGAACACUGUUGAACCUCGAAAUUCCAGCUUCUGUAAAUGUGAAUGAAGAUGGGAAAAAGCUAGGAGAAAGUGAAAGUUUCCCUUCUAGCAGGAGACGUGAAGGCACAAGUGAGAGAGAUGUGAAUUUGUCUCUUGGGAGUGGUUUGAGCCCCGGCUUUAAUAAUGAUGUUUUCAGAUCUAAUUCCUUCAGAAAAAGUUUUAGGCACAUGGUUGAUUUGAAUGAGCCAACUCCGGUUCAGGAAGUAUCUGUUUCAGUUUCUGUAGAUGAUUAUGAUAAUGUCACCUGCCUUGAUGAGGAGAUACGGAGGCGGGAUGUAUCUGUGAAUUCAAAGACCGGGUUCCACAUUGUUUCUACAGAAUCCCAUCAAAGUUCCUUUCCAGUAAGGGAUGGAGGAAUUCACCUCAACAAUAUGCAUUCAGGGCCAUGCAGAUGCGAUGCAGAUUCUUUUUCCAGAGGUGUCUGUCCUGAACAUUCACCGACCUUGGUUAUAUCAUCACAAGUUGAACCUUGCAAAGAGCGUAAGAUUAGACAUACAAUUUUUGGUGUGGAGAUUUCUGUAGGAAAUCAUGGUAAAUCUGUUGGGACUUCCCAUACUUCAAGUCUGGACCAAAUAAAUCCUCAAUUUCAUGUGGCCAAGUCCGAGCCACCAUCUAUAUCACCACAGGCCAAUGCAUCAAUUAUCUUUCACCAGGAUGCGCUAUCGGUUCAAGGAAAUGCUAGCGUUGUCGCCUCCUUCCCAUUGAAAUCAUCAAUGGAAUUCCAUGAGCUUCAGGAUAAGGAAAAUACAGGGACUGGAGACGCGCAAAGGAAACAUGAUAACCCUAUGGGAGGUGUAGCUUGGCUUAGAGAAAAAAAGGUUGCUAAAGUUGAGCCAGUUAAAGGAAAAGAAGAUUCUCACCAUAUGAACCCGCAAUCAGUGCGAAAUGACCCUCAUCGAUUCACCGACAAAUCUGAAAUGCUGAAGGGUCCUCCUCAAAUUUCGAUUCAAGAUUCUCAAUCAUCAAUCAUUGCCUGUGAUGCCGAGCUUGAGGAAAAUGAAGUCCCCUGCAACUCUAGUUGUGUUGCUUCUUAUGGUGAUGGUGCUAAUGACAGGAAAGCCAAGGAUCUUGUUACAGAGAGAACUAUGGGUAAUUUCAAUUCUGGCCUAAGACAUCACAUUGAUUUGAACUUGUGUAUUAACGAAGAAGAGGCCACGUUAGUUCCAUCUCUCCCAAGAGCCAUUGUGAAGAUUGCUACCACCGAGAUAGAUUUAGAGUCUCCGGCAGUCUUUGAAUCUGAAGUGACACCAUCUCUACAACUGGACUCUGUGGUAAACCAACUUAACAGCCCUUCUAGAUUACCAUUAGAUUACUCCAAGGAGAAAACCGAAGAACUUGUUAGGGUAGCAGCAGAGGCUAUAAUUGCUAUUUCAUCAUCUGAUCCAAUGGAGGAUGUUGCUUGUCAUCCAUUAUCCGUCUUGUCUAGUGAUUCACUCCGUUGGUUUGCAGAAGUGGUUUCUUCUCACAAGGGUGAUUUUGAAGGUGAGCUAAAUGACGAGGGCUCCAUACCUGAUGAUUUUGAGUUCAUAACCAUGAAUUUGACUGAAACCAAGGUAGAGGAAUACUCCAACAAGUCUUUGGAUUUGGAAAAUCACAAGUACGAAGAAAUAGAGCCAACAUUUUCUUCUAAACGGCCACGGAGAGGUCAAGCAAGGAAGGGGAGGCAGCGAAAGGACUUCCAAAGAGACAUACUUCCCGGUCUCGUAACUCUGUCGAGGCACGAGGUGACUGAGGAUUUUAUGUCAUUCGAGGAGCUGUUUAGAGCCAGUGGUUUCAGUUGGAACCCAAGUCAGUCGCGGAGGAACACCCCUAAGAAGGGGCGGGGGAGGAGGCGUUUAAAGGACUCUGCUCACCCUGUGACACCAACAGUGGCUCCCCAGCCCGUAGAGAAACCCGUUUGCAUAGAGUUAGUACUCGAAGGGAGGACGUUGACCGGAUGGGGAAAAAAGACGAGGCGGCUGCCGAGGCAGAGAUGUACAACUGAUAAUCCUCCUCCUCAUGCCUUGAAAUGUUGAGUAUUUGGCAUCCGAAACACGUAAUCCUCAUUGUUGUACAUGUCUUAAUUGUUCCUCUUGUUUUUCUGGUACUUGGUAAAAUAGAUGUGGAAUUGAUCUCCUAUUCUUCUCAUUGAGAGAAAAACAUUGUUGUUGGUUGUUUGUGUGUAAACUGAAAGGGUGAGUCUUGAAAAAACAGAAAAAUCUUGCCUCAAUUUAAGAUUCAGGUAGUUGUCUUGGUCA